AUGGAUAGAUUUACAAUACUGUGCACUGUGGGGAUGGUAUUACACUUGUGGAUGGCUGUUACAGAAGCAGAGUACAUGAAGUAUAAGGAUCCAAAUCAGCCAGUGAAUGUUAGGGUCCGAGACUUGUUGAGUCUAAUGACACUCGAAGAAAAGAUUGGGCAGAUGACCCAAAUUGACAGAAAGAUUUCAAGCAAAGAGAUCAUGAAGAAAUACUUUAUAGGAAGUGUAUUGAGUGGUGGAGGGAGUUAUCCAUCUCCAACUGCUUCUGCAGAGACAUGGAUCAAUAUGAUUAAUGAAUUUCAAGAGGGUGCCCUCUCAACCCGUCUUGGGAUUCCUAUGAUUUAUGGGAUUGAUGCAAUUCACGGCAACAAUAAUGUCUACAAUGCUACAAUUUUUCCUCAUAAUAUUGGCCUUGGAGUUACCAGGGAUCCAGAACUUGUGAAGAGGAUAGGAGCCGCAACUGCACUUGAAACUAGAGCUACUGGAAUCCCAUAUACUUUUGCACCUUGUAUUGCAGUUUGCAGGGAUCCAAGAUGGGGUCGCUGCUAUGAAAGCUAUAGCGAAGAUCAUAAAAUUGUUCAGGCAAUGACUGAGAUUAUCCCUGGUUUACAGGGGGAUGUUCCUGCUAAUUUUCCAAAGGGCAUUCCCUACAUAGCAGGAAGAAACAAGGUUGCAGGAUGUGCUAAGCACUUUGUGGGAGAUGGUGGCACAACCAAUGGGAUUAAUGAGAACAACACAGUGAUUGACUGGAAUGGGCUGCUCAGCAUCCACAUGCCUGCAUAUCUUGACUCCAUUAAAAAGGGUGUUGCAACAGUGAUGGUAUCCUACUCAAGCUGGAAUGGAGAAAAGAUGCAUGCUAACAAGAAACUCAUAACUGGAUAUCUCAAGAAACAGCUCAAAUUCAAAGGUUUUGUCAUAUCAGAUUCGCAGGGUAUUGACAGGAUUACCUCCCCUCCUCAUGCUAAUUAUACUUACUCUGUCGAAGCUGGAAUUCUCGCUGGAAUAGACAUGAUAAUGGUCCCAGAGAAAUUUACUGAGUUUAUAGAUGACCUGACUUCACUUGUGAAAAAGAAUGUGAUCCCUAUGAGCAGAAUUGAUGAUGCUGUAAGGAGAAUAUUGAGGGUGAAGUUUGUCUUAGGUCUCUUUGAGAACCCAAUGGCUGAUUAUAGCUUGGUCCAUGAAUUGGGAAGCCAGGAGCAUAGAGAAUUGGCCAGGGAAGCUGUGAGGAAAUCUCUUGUGCUUUUGAAAAACGGUAAAAAUAUUGAUGAGCCACUGCUUCCUCUUCCAAAAAGAGCAUCAAAGAUACUUGUUGCAGGAAGCCAUGCUCACAACAUUGGUAAUCAAUGCGGAGGGUGGACUAUUGAGUGGCGAGGACUAGCGGGAAACAUCACAGUUGGUACCACUAUCUUAACAGCCGUGAAGAACACUGUUGAUCCACUAACUGAAGUUGUGUACAGAGAAAAUCCUGAAACAGAAAAUCUUAAAUCCAACAAAUUCUCAUAUGCCAUUGUGGUUGUCGGUGAACCACCUUACAGCGAAACCUUUGGUGAUAACAUGAAUUUGACCAUCCCAGAAUCUGGCAUUAGGACAAUCACUAAUGUCUGUGAAGCAAUAAAAUGUGUGGUGGUAAUCAUAUCAGGUCGCCCUGUGGUGAUCGAGCCAUAUCUUGCUAAAAUUGAGGCAUUAGUGGCUGCUUGGCUGCCAGGAACUGAAGGCCAGGGUGUUGCAGAUGUUCUAUUUGGUGACUAUGGUUUUACAGGCAAGCUUGCAAGAACUUGGUUCAAGACAGUUGAUCAGCUUCCAAUGAAUAUCGGUGAUCCACAUUAUGAUCCUUUGUUUCCAUUUGGAUAUGGCCUCACAACUUCACCUACAGAACUCAGAGCAUCUCAGUAAAUAUUGCAGGAUUCAACCUUAUU